UGCAGUUCAAAGAAUAAAAAAGAAGUAAUUUUAACAAAAUGAGUUUUCUUGAAGAAUUAAAACAAAAGAAAACCAAACUAAAGGCUUGUAAUACUGUUAUAACCACUACCACGGGUGAACGUUUCAUUGAAAAUUCUACCACCCAUGUAACAGAAAAACUUAAUACCACCCCCAUCUAUGGUUUUGUAGUGGAUACAAAGCCAGACUUUAAACCAGCUCAAAUUUUGAACAAUUUUCUUUAUUUGGGUUCUCAGGAUGCUGUGAAUAUGGAAAACAUUAAGGAAUAUAAAUUAACACACAUUUUAAGUAUUGGCAUUGAAUGUCCUCCUCUAGAGGAUUUACCCUCUAGCUUGAAAAAGCUCUAUGUACCCUGUUUGGAUUUACCAGAGACCAAUUUAAAGGAGCAGGGAAUUUUAUCAAAAGCUUUUGAUUUUAUUGAAGCCGUUCGUUUAAUUAAUGGCCGUAUUUUGGUACACUGUAAUGCCGGAGUUUCUAGAUCUGCCACUAUAGUUAUUGCAUAUCUAAUGCAAUUUCACAACAUGGAUUUCGAUAUGGCCUAUAAACAGGUUAAAUCACAAAGAGAGUGUAUACAGCCCAAUGCUGGAUUUUUGAAACAACUAAAAGGAUUUAAAAAUUAAGUUCAGAUUAUUAAUAAUUAUAAAAUUAACUUAAGGUUAAAUAUACUAAGCUGUUCAAUUAAAUAUACUAAAAUGUUUUUAUA